AUGCCUACCGGGUUGUUGUCAUUUCCAGACACAAUUUAUGAUGAAGAUGAGGUGCUGUUAGCUCUUGCUGAGCAGCUGGGAAAUUUCACCGGCCUGGUGGGAGGACCUGACUUUGCCCACUGCUUGCUGGUGAAUGGAGACGAUUCGCUAUACCCGAUCGCGGUUUUAAUCGAUGAGCUCCGUAAUGAGGACGUGCAGCCUCCUUUGGAAAGUCUGGCAACGGUGGAAGAGACUGUGGUUCGAGACAAGGCUGUGGAGUCCCUGAGGCAGAUCUCCCAGGAGCACACGCCUGUUGCUCUGGAAGCUCAUUUUGUACCUCUGGUGAAACGCCUAGCGAGUGGGGAUUGGUUCACGUCUCGCACAUCUGCGUGUGGUUUAUUCAGCGUUUGCUAUCCCAGGGCUUCAAAUGCUGUCAAAGCAGAAAUUAGACAGCACUUCCGUUCCUUGUGCUCAGAUGAUACACCAAUGGUACGACGUGCUGCUGCUUCCAAAUUGGGCGAAUUUGCAAAAGUUUUAGAAUUAGAUAGUGUGAAAAGUGAAAUUGUUCCAUUGUUUACUAAUCUAGCUACAGAUGAACAGGAUUCAGUGCGCCUCCUAGCUGUGGAAGCUUGUGUCAGUAUUGCCCAGUUACUGUCUCAGGAUGACCUUGAGUUUUUGGUGAUGCCUACACUUCGACAAGCUGCAGAAGAUAAAUCUUGGCGAGUUCGCUAUAUGGUAGCUGACAAAUUUUCAGAGCUCCAGAAAGCUGUGGGUCCCAAAAUCACCCAAAAUGACCUCAUCCCCGCCUUUCAGAACCUACUUAAAGACUGUGAAGCUGAAGUCCGAGCGGCUGCUGCCCACAAAGUGAAAGAACUUUGUGAGAACUUGCCCAUUGAAGGUAGAGAGACCAUAAUUAUGAAUCAAGUGCUGCCCUAUAUAAAGGAAUUAGUAUCUGAUACAAAUCAACAUGUCAAAUCGGCUCUAGCUUCUGUAAUUAUGGGAUUGUCUACCAUUUUGGGCAAAGAGAAUACCAUUGAACAUCUUCUACCUCUUUUUUUAGCUCAGUUAAAGGAUGAGUGUCCUGAAGUUCGUUUGAAUAUCAUCUCCAAUUUGGAUUGUGUAAAUGAAGUGAUUGGAAUCCGUCAGCUCUCUCAGUCUCUUCUUCCUGCCAUAGUGGAGCUGGCUGAAGAUGCCAAGUGGAGGGUCCGGCUGGCCAUCAUUGAGUAUAUGCCACUGCUGGCAGGCCAGCUGGGUGUGGAAUUCUUUGAUGAAAAGCUGAAUUCUUUAUGUAUGGCCUGGCUCGUGGACCAUGUGUAUGCCAUUCGCGAAGCUGCCACCAACAACCUCAUGAAACUAGUUCAGAAGUUUGGUACAGAGUGGGCCCAAAAUACCAUCGUUCCCAAAGUGUUAGUAAUGGCAAAUGAUCCUAAUUAUUUGCAUAGAAUGACCACCUUAUUCUGCAUUAAUGUACUGUCUGAAGCCUGCGGUCAGGAAAUAACUACUAAGCAGAUGCUGCCUAUUGUAUUGAAAAUGGCAGGAGACCAAGUGGCGAACGUCCGUUUCAAUGUGGCCAAAUCUCUACAGAAAAUUGGACCAAUUCUAGAUACUGAUGCUUUGCAGGAGGAAGUUAAACCGGUACUGCAGAAGUUAGGCCAAGAUGAAGACAUGGAUGUCAAAUACUUCGCACAGGAAGCUAUAAGUGUGCUUGCGUUGGCAUGAUGAGGAGCAGGAGGGAAAAGACUUUACUAAUUUCUUAACACAGAUUUCUAGUCAAUGUGUUCUUCAACUGGAUGGAGAAAAAAAUGGAAAACCUUCAAGACCUCAUCCAAGCAAAUGGCAACAGCUUCCAAGAAAUCAAAUUUCAGUGACUUGAUUCUUUUUAAAGAUGUAAAGGGAUUGUUUUUACUUGUCUUCCUUGUUGGGAUAAUUAUACACCAUUCUUUUUGUUUGUGACCAGUUCCUGACACUCGGUACAGUCGUUUCUUGAUUGUCUCCAGGGAUUUAUUGGGCACUAUCUGGGCUCCUGCACCCUCACCGUUCCAUCAGCCUGGCCACUUACUGUCCUGACCAGGGCUGGAUGGGUUGGGACCCAGACAUGCAGUGGAGUGAUUCUCUUGGUGUCUACUUGUAUCUGUGUGUCUGUUCAUCAUUCCAAAGUUAAAUGUACAACUUAUGUUAUAAACCCUCUAUUUGGGAGACACAUUGAGAUUUAACUGUAGUGAAAGCCACAUUUUUCUGGAUAAUGAUGGUCUGCGUCAGUGUCUUACAUGAAAGGGGAAUGUGGAAGCUCAGAGUUCAUGUGUUGUUUGUUCCGGUUUUUCUUUGCCUUAUUUUGACUAAUCAUGUCACUCAGAAACCUGAUGUGCAGAUGUAUUGCUGCUAAUGUGUAAUGUUAAAUCCGAACUGAAUUUCCACAGCUUAUACCACUGUGUUCAAAAUACUUCUCUCUCUCCUUGCUGAGAAACUUAAAAUUUAGUGCCUUCGAAUAAGCAGUAGUUCUACCGUGUCAUUGUAAGAUUGCAAUUUUGUAAUUCUAAUGAGAAAAGGAAUGACUGGUAUAAUACUGUGAGGAUUUCCUGCGCUUAACCUCAUUCUGCUUCCAGCUGUGUUAACAUCUGGUCCUUGCUUUGGCUUUGCAAACUAAAUUUCAUUACUACUUUUUUGGUAUGGAUGAUGCUGGAAUCAUCAUUUGAAAACUUUGUUUUUCUGCUUUUACAGUAAAACCUCAUUAAUUUUUCCUGGAACUUAAGAUAACUAGUUAAGCUGAAGGAAGGGUUUCUUGGAGCAAAUUAAUAGUUUGUAGGGAAGCCUAUUGGACCCAAACUAAAACUAUUUUGAAGCUCUCUUUAAAAAGUACCCUUUUGCCAGUUAGUACACCAAUUACUAAUCACUUUUCAAUUACAUUAAAAUACUUUUCAUGAGGAUUUUUAUGAGCCCCCCCUUUUUUUUUUUUUUUUUUUUAGAUAUAUUCAGUUUAGUCUUUAUCCCUGAAAUAUAUACAUUUGUAUUUCAUGGAGAAUUUAAAUAUAUUUCCAUGUAAAUUUAUUUACAUUGUCACCUAUUCAAACUCACCUUGUUCCUAAUGAAUGUUAAUGAGGUUUUAUUGUAGUUUAUUUUUCUCAGUGCAUCUUGCUAGGUAGUUUGCUUGUUCCAUUUUGGUUUUGGAAUUAUUUCUUUUAUUCACAACCUCUUUUAAACCCAGUGCACCCUAUUCUGUUUUUUGAAAACCAAGUUUGAGUGAAUUACUUUCAAGUUUGUCUUACCGUAGAAAAACAACAUUUUGAAUCAGAAAUUGCCUGCAUUUAAAAUUGUCAAAUUACCUUAUAGUAACUUUCUAUUUUAUUACUUUUGGGGCUAAGAAUUAAAUAUUUUUCCUAAGCAAAAAUCUUUUAUACAGUCUCAUUUUAUAUCUUAAACUAUUAUGCUGUAAACAUCUUAAUUUUAGUUUCAUGGUUCUUUUUUUAUUAUUAUUAUUACCUGUAGGUUAUGUUUAUUCUUUAUUGAAUUUCAUUUUUCAGAGGCUGUUGUCUUCAUUCUUGAAACAAAUUUGUACAACCAUUGCUUUAUUCUUUGGUUGGAAAUACUGGUUGGUUGGAAAUGUCCUUGGUUUUGGGAUAGACUUUUAAAUGCCCUUGUGUGCCCCCUGGGGGUCCUGUGCAUUGACCUUCUACCCCAAGACUAUGGCAAAGGAACCCUUUACUUUUUCAGACAUGGGUCAGGGAGCUCAGCAGGGCGCUGCCUUUUUAGAUGACUUCUUAGGGACUUCACUGUGUCUUUCUGCCUUAAAUGGUAGGGAAUCAAUCCCUUUUGUUACUGCUCAGAGGAGUCAUCUUUUUUUUUUUGCUAACUUGGUCAUUUUCUCCACAGGUUAUCUUGCUGUCACUAUAAUGUAAGCUCCACGAGCUCAGUAAGGGCAGGGAUUUUUGUCUGCUAUAUCACCAGCACCCAGAUCAGUAUCUGGUGUACGUAGUGGGUACUCAAUAAAAAUGUGUUCAAUGAAUUUUUAAAA